AUGACGGACAAAGGUGCUGACGCCAGCAUGUACACAGACGUUUUCAGAGUGCCGCCGAUGACUGACAGAACAAAGAGCUUCAAGCCACCACCAAAGGCAUUCAGCAGCGGUGCCAAAUUCGCAGCAGGAAGUGAACGACCAAAACAAUAUCGUCCUCGAUCAGCUCAUCGAGAUCUCAACUCCUCGACCGAGUUUUUCGCGGAUACGGAAGCCGCCCGGGCCUACCGCGCCUUCGAAAGGGAUGAAAUCAACAACUCCCGGGCGCGGAUUCGACGACUGGGAUCAACUCACGGCCGAGUGGAUCCAGCAAACCAGACGCAAUUCGCUAAAGAAACCACAGUCAACCACGACUAUGUUUCGCAUCCAUUCUCCAAGGCGGCGCAAAUUGUUCCAGCGGGAGGAAACAUCGAAAUGGGCGAUGGAACUCGAGACUUGGGAACUAAUUACGCCGCUGAUUAUGCACCGAUCGUUGGCGCGAAACGACAAGAGCCGCUAAAGCCCAAGUACACGCCAAAGCCACAAGUGUCUUAUCAAGCGCCGCAGUUCUCGGUAUCUCGCCAGGCAUACGUCAAUCACGGCGCGAUUACCAGACCAAAGGACUAUGCUCCAGAAAAUAGCUACAGGCCUUCCAGUUCCCCGGCGCAGAAAGACACAGAGAGUAGCAUUCCCAUUUCAAAAUUGAAAGAGCCAUUGAAAGUGCUCUACUCUAACAAUGGAGAAAAGCCAUUGACGAACUAUUCGGCCGACUUUAUCAACGGUUCAGUAGACGCUCGGAGAAGCCCAAUCAAGCCAGAGCAAGUGCAGUGGACGGACAGACCGAAAUUCGAGGCCAGCUCGCAGUACAAGGAUCACUUCGUUGGGGCAACAGGGCGUCGGCCAGCGAACUACAAGCCAGUGUUGUCUUACCGGAAGCCGUCGCAGGAGAUGCUCAAACUCAGCACAGCCCGGGAAGCCUUCCGAGGCGACUUCGCCCUGCCCCCAAAAUCCUGCAAGCCUGAACUGCGAGCCUACCACAACGAGACAGGCAUGGACUCGGCCACAGAAUACAGAGACCGCUACAGUCAUCGAAACUGA